GAAUGUGUGAUAGGCUGGCGUGCAAUGUGCAGUUUAGUUAAACGCUAGCUAUCGUUGUCCAGAUGAAAUAUUACUAUAGCUAAUAAAUUCGUGGUCUGAUAGCAAGUAUCGAAAUACUAUAGAGCUAACGUUUGCUAGACGACUUUUCUUUCGCUUGGAAUUGAAAUAUCUGUUUUGGCUCGCUUGUUAGCUAACGAUACCGAGUUGGCUAACCCGUGCAUCAGUGGGCAAAACAGAGAGCCGAGUUGCUAGAUUGGGGUUUGGCAUCAACUUGACCAAUAUUCAGCAAUACACGACGUGAGAGAAGUCAUUGCUAGUUUUUUAACCGUCGUAACUAAGAAUUUGAAUAUGGAUGCUGCCAGACUAAAGUUGGCAAAGGACUCGAAGCUUCAAAGGCCGGUGUCUGAAAACAAGCGUACCAGUGAUGGGCCAAAGCGUGUUCCAGUGUCCCAGUCGUCCAGUGGUCACAAGCCUGCGGCCUACGCCACGCCAGCCCAGCGCGUUCUAGGGCCGUCAAAUGGACCACAGCGUAUCCAGCGACCCAUGACCCAACAGAAGCCGGAGACCACAGUCCUACGCACCAUCAAGACCACAGAACCGCAAGCUGGUGACCAGAACGUGAAUGCUGUUCAACCCCAGCCUAAACCUCAGUCUCAAAUCCAGAGCCUCAAAUCUGUUAAAGGUCCACCUCAAACCCAGACCCCCAAACCUGUUCAGACCCCCAGCCAGUCAAGGGUUCAGACCCUAACCCAGAGCCAGCCAAAGAACCAGACCAAUGCUUCGACUCCUGCAAGUUCUGAGCCAGCCAGAGCCACCGACCAAUCCAAGCAGGAAAAGCCACAAAAUAAACCUACCAAGACUGAAUCCUCAACUGCUUCUUCAAAGAAACGCUGGGCCCUGGAGAACUUUGACAUCGGUCGUCCCUUGGGGAAGGGUAAGUUUGGCAACGUGUACCUGGCCAGGGAGCGCCAGACCAUGUUCAUCCUGGCUCUCAAGGUGCUCUUCAAGAAGCAGCUGGAGAAGGCCGGAGUGGAGCACCAACUACGGAGGGAAGUGGAGAUCCAGUCACAUCUCAGGCACCCCAAUAUCCUGCGUCUCUAUGGUUACUUCCACGACACGGCUCGCGUUUACCUCAUCCUGGAGUUUGCUCCUAAAGGAGAGUUGUACAGUGAGCUCCAACGAUGUGGAAGCUUUACUGAACAAAGGAGUGCCACAUACAUUAUGGAGCUGGCAGAUGCCCUGAACUACUGCCACUCUAAGAAAGUGAUCCACCGGGACAUCAAGCCUGAGAACCUGCUGCUGGGGGCCAACGGGGAGCUGAAGAUAGCAGACUUUGGCUGGUCGGUGCACACACCCUCCUCAAGGAGGUCGACUCUGUGUGGGACUCUGGACUACCUGCCUCCAGAGAUGAUUGAGGGCAGAACCCACGAUGAGAAGGUGGAUCUGUGGAGCCUGGGGGUGCUCUGCUAUGAGUUCCUGGUGGGACGCCCUCCCUUUGAGACCAAGAACAAUGAGGACACCUACCGCAAGAUCUCACGGGUGGAGUUCACUUACCCGGCCCACGUCAGCGCCGGCAGCAGAGAUCUGAUAGACACGCUGCUCAAGCACAACCCCCUCCACAGGCUCCCUAUCCAGGGUGUCCUGACCCACCCCUGGGUGGUGGGGAACUCUACCAAGACACCCACCGCCAUGUCUCACAGCCCAGAGCAAAGCAAAUGAGGACCGCUGCCAGGUGUUUCAGAAAUCCUGGUUGGCGGUUUCCCAGCUCCUACACAAUCCUGAGGCCAUGGUCGCGUUCAUUAAAAGGCACGUAACGAAAGUGAUCCUUAUUGGACUGCUUCAGUCCAUUUUAUUUUAUUUAGUUUGUCUAAUGAACACGACACAUGCUUAAUGCUUGACUAUACUGCUCACUAUGCUAUGGAUUACUUGGCUCUCUUCUCUGCUAUGAAUGUGUUGUCAUCUGGCAUCUUGAUGCCCUUCUGUAAUUUGUGGCCUUUUGACUAUUCUAUGGCAUUUUAUAUUUGUAAAUAUUUCACUGUUUUGUUAGUAAAAUUAUGAAUUUUAUGGAAUUCACUGUCAUUACUUGAAUAAAUAUGUUGGAUUGAAAUGUUGUAGCAGUGUUUAUGAGGGAUAGGAAGUUGUCAUUCUGAACUUGUGACAAAGCCUCUAUCAAAAUGUGCAACGUUUUUAUUUUUUUACUUUAAGGUAGCCUUAUCUAAUGCACAGGUUAUCUGGAUGACUACAGUACAUAUUUAAGUUUACUUCUCAAAUAAUCAUUCAAUAAAAGUACAGUAGCCAGGGUGCUUUUCAUCGGUUAUGGAAACGCCCUUCAUUGCAACUAGAUGGCGUACCUCUCAUUCUAAUGAAGCAGCGAUUCAUCAACAUGUUGACUGAUCCGGAGAAAUAAAGAAUUUGAUUUAACUUCA